CUAGGUCAUUCGUCACAGUCAUCCGCCUUUCCGUAUUGGCCGUUUACAGUAACAAGGAAGUUGCCAGUCCGUGUAAUUGGAGAGCAAAGACACAUACAUUCUGAGAGUCAAGAUGGCUUUAACACAAGACACAAUAGAGCUCUGUGAACAAGCAUCUACCAAUUGAGCUCCAGCCAGCUAUGAGAGCGAUGGUCAUGGAGUAGUGACAGCAUAGUGCGGAACCCUAUAUGAUGUCCAGUAAGCCCAGACAGUCAAAGCCCAGACAGUCACGUCUUGUUUGUGUGUUCCCUGGUGUUGAGGAACAAGCUGUAGACAGACAUUGCAGAAAACCAGAAACCAGCCACGGAGCAGCAUCCAGUGGUCCUGAUGACCUGAUAGAUCUUUCUGACAUUGGUCCUGCCCACUCCUCAGUGCACAGUUCAUCGAAUGAAUCUAAAGUGAGAGGCAUUCCUGUUCAGGCUGUGGGACAGGGUGAUGUGCCUCUCUGUCACACCCAGCCUCUGCAGACAGAUAGCAUCAGAUACCCUUCCACACCCAGCAUUGCAGGCAUUGGAGUAAACAAUAUGGACACUUAUUCUUAUGUUCAGCCUGAUCAAAGGCAUCUAACCAAGCAGGGCUCUGUGAAUGUACCUAUGGACCAUUGGUCACCGGGCAAAUAUGGCGCUGUGGGGGGUUCUGAAAGACAAUACAAAGACUUAAAUCCCCCUGCCACACCAGGAUUACCUGGAGAUCAACGGACUGACAGUGAUUCAGCUCUCAUGUUGCAACUGACGACCAGUGGGCAGGAUAGUUCUGUUGACUCUCCGUUUACCAUGAAGGACAUUUUGGGGGAGUUCCGGUCCAAUAUGCACUGUUCAGUGACAAGCAGUGUUAUGACCGAUAGCUCAGAGGAUUCAUUCUUUAAUUCCAGAAAUUAUCCAUCGGGGGGAUUCACAUUUGAUGAAAUACCUAAGAGGAUGGAGAAAGAAAUCAAAGCAGUUCUAUCUGACUGUCAACUGAAGUCCACAGCUGUCUGUGAAGGGCUAGGUGAUACUCAGACACCAUCCAAACCUCAUGAAACAUCGGCUGGAACAGAUCCAGCAGUUGAGGCAGAUGUCUCUGAGGAUGCUUCUCUGAUGAAGAUGAUGAGAGAUAUGACCUUAGAUGGACAGCACCCAAACAGUCAGAUGGCAAAUGGGGUCACAUGUGAUGGCACAUUGUCCACUGGGCUUGAGAAAGGAAGGAAUGAUUGUACCAUGCGUUGUCGUGACGAUGAGGAGAGUCAUGCUGAUGCACAUUCAGCUUCAGAUGGAGACUACACAGCUGAGCCCACAAUAUGCAGUUUCCAUGGUACAGAGUCAGGCGGAUACUGGCCAGUACUUGAUUCGUCAGCCACAUGCGGUACUUAUCCCGACAAUAGUCUGGAUGAUUCACGGAUAACAUUGCAGAUUGAAAAGGAGAAAAAGACUUUUCCAAAGGGCAAGGAACUUGUUGAGGGGAAUACAAUAGUAAGACAUGGGGAGAUGGACAGAAGGCAGACGGGGGGACACAUGACUGGGAGGAGUGUCGUGGGUAGAAGGGAGAUGAUAAAUGAGUGUUCAAGAAGUGGGACAAAAGAAAGUGUGACAGGCAUGAGCAGAGGUGAGACGGAUAGAAGUGAGAUGGGCAGAUGUGAAAUAGGCAGACGUGAGACAAAUAGACGUUUGAUAGGCAGUAGUGAGAAGAGCAGAAGUGAGAUGGCUAGAAAUGAGAAGAGCAGAAGUGAGAUGGACAGAAGUGAGAUGGGCAGAAGUGAGACAGGGGUGACUGAAACAGACGAGAGCGAGACAGAUGUACAAGAGAGGGGUAGAAGUCAGAAAGAAAUAUGUGUGAAGGCUGAGACAUCACCAGAGAUACAAGACUUGGAUGAAAAGAUGACAUCACAGGCAGAGAGAAGCACUGACACUGAGAGAGAAGAACAGAAUUAUGGUGGAGCUGCUGAGAUGCUAAGUAUAUCAUCUCUACCAUCUUUGGAGGAACCUCCUCACUUUCAGAUGGAUGAACAGGAAACUCAAGCUGAAAUCUUCAGUUUAGAAUCCAAAUAUCCGAUAAUCAAUCCGACACACAUAAUAGUGGAAGACUGCUCAGAUGAAGAUUCAAGUAAGUUCUGUCAACCACCACCACCAUUCCAACAGACUAGUGGGGAUAUUUUGACUGAUGAACAAAGGUUGGCUGUAGCAAGAAGAAUAGAGAAAGAUCUUGUUGUGGAUCAGAUGGGCACACUAGCACUACCUUGUGGCGAUGAUGCUGCAUGGUCAUCCCUGGAGAGAAAUAACCAUCUGUUUGUUAACAGAUCAAGGCAAGUAGCUGCUGUGUCCCCUGAAGACAAGAGAACACUGGCAGUGGCUGUCAACCACUCAAACAAUGUGCAAGCUGUGGGAUCCUUCCAUUACAACAAACAUAUCUAUAAGCGGUCAACAAGUGAACCUGGCCUUCACAUACAAACACAGAGCAUGCAGGAGAUUACGAUCCAAGAGAAGCUGUUUGUCGAGACACAGGCAUAUAAUGACGUAUGGAAAGUGCUGGAGGAGGAAGGGAUGGUCUUCAUUGUUGGUCCUCCAGGGUCAGGCAAGACGAUGAUAGCUAAAAGAAUACUUCUGCGGUAUCACACAGAGCAAGACUUUGAACCACUGAUCCUGUUUGAUAUGAAAGAAAUGAGGCAGAUGAUGAACACUGAAAAGAAGCAGGGAAUAUUCAUCAGAAACACUUUUGGAGUUUCAGACUUCGACCAAGGGAAGCUAGAUUCUUUCCGGGAGUAUUUUGCCUCAGUUAACGUUUGUGUUUCAGAUAACAAAAAGUUCAUCUUUAGUUGCAACAACAGAAUUUUUCAAAGAUGUGUUCCAUGUUUGAAACUUUCCAAUUUCUUUACUAAAAGAUCAGUUUUUGAUUUGACACUGGUUGGCUCCUUGACAUCAUCGAACAAGAGAGCCAUCUUGUAUAAGCAUUUCAAACGAGAUACCCUUCCAGAAAACGUAGUGGAGAAAAUUGUAGACUGUGAGAGUAAUUCCACACCUGUCUUCCUGAAAUGUUGCCACAUAUUUGCACGGUCACCCUAUUUACAUCACAAAGAAAAAGCCCUCGAGUUCUUCCAGAAGCCUGUUUUGUACUAUAAGCUUUCAGUUGAUUCAUUGUUGCAAAGAGAUGACAAGAGCUAUUUUGUAGUGCUUUUGCUAGUGAUGGUUUUGGGUGAACUUAAAGACUCUUUCUUGAAUGAUCUAUCAGAAGACAGUCUCAUUGUAAAGAAAGCAUACAAGGUUCUUGACAUGUUGCCAUAUGAAUGUACCUGGGUCCAGCUAGAUUCAGCCGCCAAGGAUCUUCUGCAUGAAGGGCCGUACCUGAAAAGGUCUGCAAACAAGGACUCCUUUAUCUUCAUCGAUAGCUGUAUAUACGAUGCUGUUGCUGUUGUAUUUGGUGAGAAAUAUCCUAAACAUCUGCUGGAGAUUUGUUCUGGGACAUUUCUGUGUGAGAGAGUGCUUGUGAAUUCUCCAAAUCAGAAAAAAAGUGAAGAGGAAAAUUUUACAUUAGAGAGUGGUCAAUUUGAUUUCUUGUCUGAAAGAUUUGUGACUGAAAUACGCUCUGGUUUUCCAUAUAUGGUUGCUCUGCAUAAAGCAUUUGGUGAUGAUUCAUUUAUCAAAGGUUUUGCAAAGUACUGUGAGGCUCAAACAGAUAUUGAAACCAUCAUAACAUCAAAAGACAAACGUCACGAUUUUCCAUGGUUAUUUUGGUCAUCGUGGAAUGAGAAGAAACAUUUGUUUCAAUGGACUUUCCGUGAACUCAAGAAACGAAAGCUACCAAUAACAAAAGAAGCCAUGAAAAAAAUCGCUCGAGCAUGUUGUAUCUCAGGAAAUGUGGAGUCUCUGAAAAUAGUUUUCAAGGUUGUAAAAUCAUCUUCAGAUAUGGUAAAGGACUGUGCAACAAUGUCCCUUGCCAUGCCAACAUGGAGUGAAGCUUCCCUGGCUAUGGCGCCAGUUGAAGGAGUUGUCCAAGUGGGUGGAAUGCUCCACACUGCAUGCCUUAAUGGUCACCUCCCAGUAGUGGAGCUGCUGGUGACCGAGUACCACUCUCCAGUAGACCUCCAUGAUCACUAUGGCAACUCACCCUUGACCAUUGCCGCCAAAAAUGGACAUUUCAACAUUGUGAAGUUCCUCAUCGAUCAAGGAGCCCGAGCAAAUGUGAGGAAUCAUAUAAAGAAAAUGGCAGUACAUGAAGCUUGUGAAAAUGGAAGGGCUGAAGUUGUGGAUGUUUUGUUGACAGCCUGGCCUAAACUUGUGUCAGUUCCAGGUCCAGAUCCAGACCUCUGUUUUCCCAUACAUUUGGCAUGCAUAAGCAAGGAACCCAAGUUGGUAAAGUUGCUUGUUAAGAAGGGUGCUGAUCCCAAGUGCUUGGAUUCAUCCAAGAACACUGCAUUCCACACAGUUUGCUGUAGGCCAGGGGGGCUACAGGUUCUAAAAGAACUAAAACCAACUUCACAGGAUUUAGGGUUACAGAACAAGUACGGUGAUACUUGUCUUCAUCAAGCUUGUGAGUUUGCAGGGCCACCCAUGGUUGAGUUUCUCCUCCGGGUGGGUGCAAAUGUGAAUGCUUUGAACAACAAGCUGCAGACACCCCUGCAUGUUGCGUGUAAGAGAAAUCAUGUCAAGAUUGCUGAAAAGCUCUGGAAGAAUGGAGCUGAUGUUUUUGCCUUGGACAUCACACACAAACCCGCUCUAAAGCUGACAACAGACAAAAGGUUAGGGAAGUUACUGCUUGAACAAAUGAAUAGAGGCGAUAACCAACGCCACAUCAGCAAUAUUUCAUCUUCACAGCAACAAAAAGUCUCAGAAGGUGUAUAAGUUGUAUUAUUAAUCGCCCAUUGAGGAUACCACUGUGUAAUAACACAAUAGGCUGAUAUUACAGUGUUUUAUGCCGAACGCGUGCUUACGUGCUGCGGGAACCACCAACAAAUACUGAAAACUCCCAUCAUCCAUGAGCUUAUUCAAUGACAUUAGAAAUGAUAUAUCACUAAGGGGAGCUUUUCCACACUCGGUGACCCCAGCAACCCUGUUGCUAGGCUGACGUCACAUGACAUUGUUUUGCCAGUGGAUCUUGCAAAAAACUUUACUACGGUCUUGUGUUUUGUUUGUAAACUUUGUGGCGCAGUUCCACCAAACAAUCAUAACAGCAACGACUGUCGUAAGUCUGUGUUAAAGUAUGGCAGUGGUUGAC